AUAUUGCACGGACGUGAACAACAACAAACGAAUGCGACAGCUCGGGUAUGAAAAAUGCUGCGAAGACUGUUCGAGUAGCCAACGUUUCUGCACCAUCGACUUACUGUAAAUUCAUGUACUGCAUUAGCAGUCUAUAAUACUGAAUGGGAGGAGGAGCAUCUCGCGAGUCGAGCUUGGAGAAGGAGGCGAGACAGUUGCGCGCACAGCUCAAGGCCGAAGAAGAGCAGCGCAAGCAGGCGCAGGAGCACGCGCGGCAGUUGCAAGCCCGGCUGGAGGAGGCGCAUCGCGUGCUGGAGCGCUUGCAGCAGCGGGACAGGCCGGAUGCAUCUGAGACAGCACAAGCACCAGCUACGGGAGCAGCCGGUGGUGCAGAAGCAGAACGUGAAGAUGCUGUGGCAGCGGAUGGCGGUCCCGUGCGCACUGAACAUGCUGCAGCAACGACCUUAUGUCCAAAUGCGGCUGCGCCGCAGCCGCCAGCCCUGCUGGACGCCAUGGUCAUCUCCGACCCUCGGGCGCUGUCGCAGCUGCCGCCUGUGAUCCAGGACCUGCACGGCGGCAUGCCGCCCGAGCUGGCGGCCGCGCCCAUGCGCCUCAUGCUCAUAGCGGCGGUGGUGGGCUGGGGCACCGGCAUCAAGGUGUACGAGGACGUGCGGGCAGAGGAGUGUGUGGAGCUGCCUUACGCGGAUGUGAGCGAGGCGCAGUGGGCGGCCACGGUGGUGCUGAGCUGGCGCUGGGGCGCGCCCAAGCCCGCGGCGGCGCAGCCGGGCUUCAGCCCCAUGCUGCCAACACAGUUUGCGGAGCUGGUGACAGCUCUGACGCGGUUGCAAGACGCGGGCUUCACCUAUGUCUGGAUUGACUGGAGCUGUGUGCCGCAGUACUCGGCGCCGUCCAUGGUGGAGGUGCUGCGCUCCAAGGUAUUCUACGCCCGCGCCCGCGCCAUGCUGGUCAUCCCCACCUUCCACCCACUGCCCGCAGAGGGCAUUGCGCGGCCGCUGCUGGCGCGCGUGCUCACACUGCUGACGGAGCAGCAACAACAGCAGCAUGCAGCGGAUGUCGCAGGCAGGGCGGCGGCCGGCAGCAGCAAUCCAGCAGUAGCAGAGGAUGCGGCAGCAACAGCAGCUACAGCCGCCGCGGUGGGGUCAAUGCUGGGCAAGGGACACGUGGCGUGUCGCGAGUACCUGAGCCGUGUGUGGACAUUGGCGGAGCGGCUGGCGCGCUACGGACACGCGGAGCCGCUGUGCGCCUGGGUCAGUCUGGAGGCGUGGCUGGGCAUGCUGGCGGACGCGGUGAUGGCGGCGGCGGGCGUGGCACAUGCGUGCUGGGGGCAGCAAGCGGCCGCCGGCGCGCAGUCGACUGUGGCGUUGUACCGCAAGAUCCUGGACCUGGGCACACGUCUAGAGAAGGGCGCAGCGCAAGAGGGCGCAGCAGAGGAGGGUGUGUCGGGAGCAGCAGCGGCACCGGCACUGCUGGACACCCUUGUGCCGCUGCUUGCCGCGGCGUCCGGCACCGGCAGCCUGCUGGGGUCGGGGUCCCAGGGGCUGGAUGUGCAGUUUGCGGCGCUGCUGCGGCUGGGCACGUGUGUGUGGCGGGACGCGCAGCUGGAGGAGGCGCCCAGCGAGGCCUGGCUGCUGGGCUACCUAGGCGACAUGCAGGCGGGCGUGUACCAGGCCUGGAGCGACGCCGACCGCAUCUGGGCCGUGUACUCCUACUUCUGCUGGAAACGGACGGACAUAACGUCCGUAGAGGCGCUGUCGGAGGCGGUGAAGGACCUGGUCAGUGUGGCGGGCGGCGGCGCGCAGCACCUGGCGGCGGCCGGCGCGAAGCUGGGCCUGGGCGCGCGGCGGGUGGCGGCGAUCGCGGACGUGUUGGGGCUCGAGGAGCUCAGGCGCACCGAGGAGAAGCGGGCGAAUGACCUGUGCUCCCAGCUGGAUGCACCCGCGGAGGCUGGGAACGUGGAGGAGGUGGCUCGGCUGCUCGCGGAGGGCGCCAAGCCGGACUACGAUCGUCAGGAUGCCACGACGGCCCUGAUACGAGCCUCGGCGAAAGGACACGUCGAGGUCGUGACCGCGCUGCUGGCGGCGGGCGCGAACACGAGCAGGAAGGACAGGGCGGGCAAAACCCCUCUCUUGGCAGCUGCCGAGAAAGGACACCUGCAGGUCAUGGCCGCACUGCUGGCGGCGGGCGCGGACAAGAACCAGCAGGGCAGGGAGGAGAAAACAGCUCUUCUGCUUGCAGCCGAGAUGGGUCUCACGGACGUCGUGGCGAUGUUGCUGGCGGCGGGCGCAGACCCAGAGGUCCAGAGUGUGAAUGGCUUCGCGGCACUGUCGCGAGCCACUGAGAAAGGACACGCCGGAGUAGUUGCGGCACUACUGGCGGGAGGCGCAAACGUUAAUGCGAAGCGGUCAACGGUUGCCACCACUCCCCUGCACACGGCUGCCGAGCGGGGCCGUCUUGACAUCAUGGCAGCAUUGCUGGCGGCGGGUGCUGACGUGGACGCGAAGGACCAUAGCGGGACCACUCCUUUGAUGAGAGCUAUCGUGCGUGGCAAAUCCGAAGCUGUAGCUGCAUUGUUGGCGGCGGGAGCUGACAAGAACGCCACAGACCAAGGUGGCAAGGGCGUUGUCGAAUCUGCCGCUUUGAGCGGAAAUGUUGCGGUCCUGGAGAUGUUGCUGGCCGCGGGAGCCGACGCGACCGCACAAGACAAAUAUCGGGACACACCGCUGCACACAGCGGCCGCGAAAGGGCAUGUCGAGGUCGUGAAGGUCCUGCUGGCGGCGGGCGCGCCCCCAACCGCUCAGAACAGAGAGGGCGUCACACCACUUAUGAAGGCUGCCGAGAUGGGGCGCAGUGACGUCGUGUCAGUGCUGCUGGCGGCGGGCGCCACGCCGGACGCAGUGGACAGGACUGGGACUACGGCUCUGACGCGCGCAGUCAAGGGAGGCCACGCUGACGUUGCGGAGAUGCUGCAGUCCUGGGCGUCAGGAUCAGGCGCCGCGCAGGGUGCCACGGCAGGCGCACACACGUAGGAAGGCACCUGCGUGAGGGAGUGGCGCAUUCGGAGUGCUGCCAUGCGCACUGCAGUGGUGAGCGCAGCGGCGCAGCCCUUGCUCUGCCGCUGAUGACAUGUGUGGGGUCUGGCCUAGCUAGCUGCUUGUGCCACGUGGCUACACGUGUAGAUGGUGGGGAUAUAGUGGGAGACCGCGGCGGUGACGUUGAUCGGCCAGCUAGGGGGCGCGCAUUGGGGGCAGGGGAGAAGAGGAUCGUGCUGUUGGUCACAUGAAUGGAUGCACAGGGCAUGAUAUGUCUCCCCUGUGGGCGAGCGCGUGACCAUAUGUCUACAGUUUCCACACAGCCUUAUGAGGAAGGGACACUUGGGCGGUUGGCCUUGUGGUGUUGGAGUGAAUAAUUUUUGCAAUGGUUUAUAGUCUUCUCUCAUUUUAUACUUUGUGUUCUUCUGCAUCAUCUGGUUUGGACUGCUGUUGAGACACGCACGACGACACGUAGUGGUGGGAGUUCCACUGUACUGGACCACUCUACUACUUUUCCAGCUCGAGUGAUUGCCCCUCAUACUCUUCAUUCAACUGACAUGAAUGUUUGUCGUAUGGAGUCGAUAACCGUGUGACGCCGGGGGCGGCUGCGCCAGUAUUGGCGAGUGGCCGGCUGGAGAGGGUGCUGGCACUGCUCCAGGAAUUGGACGCAUUGGAGGUGGUCGGGCUGACAAAGUAAGGCUGCGCCUUCAGCCGUUCAGGGCAGCCGGGAGAGGUCGUACGUAGACGGGUAGCAGAUAGACACGCGAGGGACAGUAUCCUGCCGCAAUAACGUAAAUCAAUGCUGUGAUUGUUAGACCUGGGCAUGGUGCUGUUUUGAUGGAUGGAGCAGGCAGAAAAUGGAUUGGACGCUUAGGACAAAUUAAGGGGCUGGCGUGCUAGACCGCCUGAGCAGGUAGUCCAUUACUCCUAGUCGAAGUCCGUGUGAUAACAAGGCGUGCACAGCUGCGUCGUCUGGGGUGGCGCCUCGGCAGCAUGGUGCGGCCUGCACGCACACACAUUAUGACUGCGGCCACGCCUGCUGGCUACUGGGGACGAGGUGUCGCGGGGCGGAUGGUGGUGGGCGGUGGCAAAGGCGCCGGUGGGGGCGGGGGCAGGGACUAGGGUAGGUGGCUGGUGGAGCUGAGGCCCGCGGCAUGGAUUGCGGCGGCGCAGAGGCAGCGGCGACGGGUGACCGCCAUCGCAGCUCCCGCUACCGUGAAAGCUGCAAGGUGGGUUCAGGUGCCAAGUGCCUACCAAAGGACGAUGCUGUGUAAGGCGACUUGUAC